UGAUGAUCGAGAGGAAAUUUUGAAAAAUUGAGACGAUUUUGUUAUUUUUGUAACUUUAAGUGAACUCUGAUAUGGUAUGAAGAUUUUGCAGACACUGCAAUAACUGUAUGAUAUGUGAAGAGAUACCUGCGACACAAGAAUCGAAAUAUUAGGUGGAAAAGUACGGUUUUGGCAACAAAAAGUCACGAUGUUUCCUCAUCACAACCAAGCACAAUAUCAGCACAACCAAGCACAAUAUCAGCACAACCAAGCACAAUAUCAUCACAAUCAGCUCCAAUUCAACCUGAAGAUUCCAACAAAUGCAACUAAUCUAGAAUUCCAAAACCGAAAGCCUGGAGCUAUCAUCAUUCAACAAUUACACGGAAAUGGACAACAGGCCACGCCCUUAAGAUCAACCAAUCAGCCGCAAGCUUUCCAGUUCUCUGCAGUUUCACAUGAUAAGCUAAGCUAUGCGAUAACAUUGGCUCAGCGAGAUUUGAAAAAACGACAAUUUGAAAGGGAGCUGCGGGAGGAAGGUUUGUUAGAAGAAAUCCAAAUGGCAUCACCGAGAUCAAAAACGACUAAACAACGAGUUUUAAAAAGUAAAGAGGAACUGUCCAAAAGUAAAAGAGUAAUUGAAAUUUCUAAACAUGUAGGAAAGAGUCAAAAGAUGACCCAGACUCCUCCAAAAAGUCGAAAUAAAAAACGGGACAUGAAACAUGCAGUGCCAUCUAGUGGCGUUCUACUACAUGUAAAACACACAGAUGCACCAGCAUUUGGUGAUUCUCCACCUGUCAGAGAUGUGGGACUGGGAAGCCGAGAUGAGGAAACCGCAACAGAAAUAAGACGUUUGAGAAAGGAGUUGAAGAAAUAUGUCCAGGAUAUAAACAGAAUAGAGGAGCAUUCAAAACAAGCUGGUGCGACUGUAAGACGUGACACGUCAAAGGAUGAUGCAGAGUCAAGACGUCGUCAGGAAGUAAAACGUGAAGAGCAAGCAUCAAGAUCUGCACGCACACUUUACAUGCUGCAGCAACAGGUCCGCGAAAUACAAGAAGAGCUCUCUAAACUGGGAGGGGCUAAUGUUAAACACACUAAAAAGAGUCAUACAUUAAACAGGCUUGCUGCCGCGCACAGAGGAGCUGUUCGAGCUCUCCAAGCUUUCACCAAUCAACUCCCAGAACACGAUAUCCAAAAUGGCAUGCCACCUGUCUAUAAAGAAUUGGGCUCUCUGAUUGGUCAGUUGUCUAGCUGUUGUGCCCAGAUGGAGGUUAAUGGGGAAAAUGGCGUUCCUGAUAUCAAUAUGGGAAUUGGAUCUGAGAUGGAUGACUCUCCUGUCCAAUCAGGCAAAAGACAGAAACAUGUGGCUCAACGUGUAUCUCCUGCUAAAAGGCAGUUAUUUGCUAAAGAAAAUGAUAUGGAAAAAUCCUCAGAUCGAGAACAAGCUCUCAAGUCUGGAAUAGAAGCCCUGCUCAGAGUGGCAGAGGCCCCUGGGCCUAGAGACAAUCAGAGAGACCCCUUAGAUCGCAGCACAUACAAAUCAAAGCCAGCUAUCCUGAAGGAGAGGGUUAGUAAUGUACCAAGGGGUCCAGAAUCUAGUGUAGUCUCUCAAGGAAAGAUGGGACCACGGAGAAAGAAUGUAGCAUGGGAUAUAGGGACAGAAGAACCUAAGAAACCUGCAUCUAAAAAAGGUUUUAUGCUACCCCAGAAGCUACAGGCCCAGCGAGAGAAAGUUCAAAGAGGUCCACGGAAUAAACAUUUUUCAGAAUCCACAUUCUCAUGGAGGUUGAAAGAAAAUGCUCCAAUCAACCAAUCAGAAGGUGAGAACAGGAUUCAACAACCAAUAGAAAUGUCCCCAAGGUCAUAUGGCCCACCUAGGUCACCAAGAAUGUCAAGGUCACCGAGAAUGUCAGGGUCACCUGGAAGGUCAAGGUCGCCAAGAGAGAAUGUGCAAGGGAGUUACAGUCCAAAGGAGAAUUUUCAAAGAGAGGUAGAGAGACAGGCAUGGUUAGACAGAGAAGCUGCAAAAUAUACACAACAAAUGGAAGAAAUGAAACAACUUGAGCUAGAGAGAAUAGAAAGGAUAAGGAAAGAAGAGGAUGUAUCUAAAAGACUGCUAGCUGGCGUAGAGGCUGCUAUAAAUGAGAAACUGCGGCCUCUUUUGAGUAAAGCUGAGGAGCUGUCUAAAAGAGAAGAGAGACUGCAUAGAGAGACCACUCAGUCUUUAAAACAUCAGGUGUCGGAGAAGGCAACUCAACAGGUAGAAGUGAAUGCUGACAUCAUUAGUGAUAUGAUUCUACAUGACAUCAUCUCUGACACAGCUCAAGAAUUCAACCGUUUGGAACAUGACGAUAUGAUUCAAAAUGAGGCCAAGGCUCUUUAUGACACACCCCAACUAGAUUCUUUGAUGUAUCGUCUGAAAGAAAUGGAGGUUGAGCAAGAUGAGAUUCGUCGCAGAUAUGCCAGCGUUCACUAUACGGACACACAGCUAAAUAGAAAGUACCAGGAUCUAGAUAACUUCUAUAAUGAAGAGCUCCAUACAGAACCACCUCCUUUGCAUGUUGGCACACACAAGCCUGGUGAUAAUAACAUCAGAAAAAGAGAUACAUCUCAAGCUGAUAAUGUUAAUGGACCAGAGAUGAGGAAAGAUGGCGCUGUAGUAUUCACAAAGACAGGUCCUGCCACCUAUUCUACAACACAUUCACUACACCUGUCUGCACUCAACAGACCUCCCCAGCAGUCAAAGGAGCCAAGCCCUGUUAAAGCUCAGCUGAGACAACCUCACCCAUAUUUGGAACGACCACCCAUUGCUUUAUUCUUAUCCAAACAGCGACUGGAAGGAAUACAUGCUAAUAAGGCCAGAUACGAACACUUCCUUAAAAGGACAUCUCACAUGCCAGUCGGCAGUUUCAACCCAUGGUCCAUGGUUGAUGAAUUGGCAGAUGAGAUUCUAGCUGACUGUUGUAUUGAGAUUAGUGCAGAACUGGAUGACAUCCACACAGAUAUAGCUGCCCAUGUCUAUAAGAAUGAGUUUGUAACCGACAAUAGUGCAACAGAUCUGAGUCAUAUAAGUGACACUGAUAAUAGCAACAAUACACUGUCCAAUGUACCACAUAUGGCUUUAUAUAGACAAGUUGAUAUCAAAGACAAUGAAGAGUCUAAAACACUGAAUGAAACAGGAGUUGAAAGUAGUAAAGAUAAAACACUCAAAGCACAUCAAGCCAAGGGUCAGAUACAUCCUGCAGGAAUGACAAUUGAUACCAUAGGAAGGGAACCAGCUAAAGAUCUACAAUACAGACAUUUAGAUGAAAUAGCCAUUGAAUACAGUGACGCAUCAAGGCUUAAAAAUGAAGGAAUAAAAGUCCCCACUAAUGGUGCAUAUGGUGCUCCUAUAAAGUCCAACGCAAGAAUGGGAGAAUCAUACACAACUCAGGAUGAUGAUGAGGAUCCCUCAAUUAUAAGCUCUUCAAUAAGUGUAAAACAUGAAAAGCCAAAAGGAUCAAAUAUAUCUAAAUCUCAGGGAUCCAUUGUGUCUAAAUCUGGAUCAAACAUGUCUAAACCCCGAUCUGAUAUGUCUAAACCCCGAUCUGAUAU